AUGAAGCGAAAACCGCUGGCUUCUCGACUUGAUCCAUGCGUCGUAAUACCGCGCGUGUGCGGAGAUCCGUCGCAAUACAAAUGUGUCGGUAAGACCUUCACACGAUGCUAUGCGCCGGCCUUGGGAGCACUUGGCGUCCCUCAAGCACAAUUCAUUGCCUUCAUUGAUGCGCUCAACGUGCACAAGAGAGGUAACAAGGCCUUCACUUAUAUUGCCCAGGCCGGAAGUGCCGUCAAGUUAGUUGGAGACUUUGAUCCCACGGGUUUCACCAAACUUGCUGGAGCAUUGGUCCAACCAGCUGGUACGGCGGUCUUCUGGGGCUCCGUCUCUGGUCCGACCUCGCGAAAGGUUGGCUAUCCCAAGAGAGUGAACGAAACACUCUUCAAUCCCGUGGGCUUGACUGCUCGAAUAAUCAACUUUAAAGAGCUUCCGAAUCUGUUGAGCCUACCCCCGAUGCCAAUCUUCUGGAUCCGCUGCACCCUAGAUCCGCUAUCCCUACCAAGGACGACUUGA